GCCCCGCAGCACCAUGAAAUCAGGCCACCUCCUCCUGGGGCUCCUCGCCCUCUGGGCUGACCUGACACCUGCCUCUGGGCAGCUCCGUCAAGCUAACGCGAUCUGCAAUCUCCCUGCGGAACCCGGCCCAUGUGAGGCCUACAUGCCCAGCUACUUCUACAACUCGGUCACCAAGAGGUGCGAGAAGUUCAUUUACGGCGGCUGCCAGGGCAAUGCGAACAGGUUUUCCAAUAUGGACGAAUGUCUCAAGACCUGUGGAAGCUCAGGUGACAUUUGCCGACUCCCGCCUGAGACGGGCCCUUGCAAGCAAUAUAUCCCGCGCUUCUUCUACAACCCGGCCUCCAGGAGGUGCGAAAGCUUCAUCUACGGCGGCUGCCGGGGCAACGGGAACAACUUUAGAACUCUCCUGGAGUGCCAGCAGGCCUGCAGGAAACGCGGGCCGACGAGAGCGUGACCGCGAAGAGCCGAGAGCGUGACAGCAGGGCCUGUGGGGGGAUGGGACAGGAUCCUCCAAUACGGUCCCCACCUGACACCCACCCCCAAUCGCCCGUGGGCCUGAUCUCGCCCAGCACCUGGGUUGUGUAAUAAA